GCCGGCCGGCCCCGCCCCUCCGCCUCACUGUGGCCUGCGGCUCCCGGGCCGGUAGCGCCGCUUUCCGUCGCGCGGACUGGUGGUGUGGAACCGCGGGCCCCGGGUGUUCGCCGCCUGCCACAGUUCUGCCCAGCGCCGCCGAGCCGGUGAGCCCCGAGCCUCCGCCAUGGACUUCGAGGACGAUUACACACACUCUGCUUGCAGAAAUACUUAUCAGGGCUUUAAUGGAAUGGAUCGUGAUUAUGGCCCCGGAUCUUAUGGAGGGAUGGACCGUGACUAUGGCCAUGGAUCCUAUGGGGGUCAAAGAUCCAUGGACUCCUACCUAAACCAGUCAUAUGGCAUGGACAAUCACAGUGGUGGUGGUGGGGGUAGCAGGUUUGGACCUUAUGAGUCUUACGACUCCAGGUCUUCUCUGGGUGGGCGAGAUCUGUACAGAUCUGGCUAUGGUUUUAAUGAACCCGAACAAAGCCGCUUCGGAGGUAGUUAUGGUGGUCGAUUUGAGAGCUCCUACCGGAAUAGCCUUGACUCUUUCGGAGGUAGAAACCAGGGCGGGUCUAGCUGGGAAGCACCUUACUCCCGUUCAAAAUUGAGGCCUGGGUUUAUGGAGGACAGAGGAAGAGAGAAUUACUCUUCCUACAGCAGUUUUUCUUCACCCCAUAUGAAGCCUGCACCUGUAGGCUCUCGGGGGAGAGGAACGCCUGCUUAUCCUGAAAGUACGUUUGGAAGCAGAAACUAUGAUGCUUUUGGAGGACCAUCAACAGGCAGAGGCCGAGGCCGAGGACAUAUGAGUGAUUUUGGAAGCAUUCAUAGACCUGGAAUUGUUGUUGACUAUCAAAACAAACCCACCAAUGUGACAGUUGCCGCUGCAAGAGGAAUAAAGAGAAAAAUGAUGCAACCAUUUAAUAAGCCUGGUGGAACCUUUAUCAAGAAACCCAAGCUAGCAAAACCUGUGGAGAAGAUGAGCCUCAGCAAAUCACCCAUUUUGACUUUUGCUGAUAUCCUAGCAAAAACUGAUCCUAAAAAUGAGGAAGAAGAAAAGCGACGAAUCGAGGCUCGGCGAGAGAAACAAAGGCGCAGAAGAGAAAAAAACAGUGAGAAAUAUGGAGAUGGAUACAGAAUGGCAUUCACAUGUUCCUUUUGUAAAUUCCGAACGUUUGAAGAAAAAGAUAUUGAACUACAUCUGGAAAGUUCUUCACACCAGGAAACACUAGAUCAUAUUCAGAAACAAACCAAAUUUGAUAAAGUAGUUAUGGAGUUUUUGCAUGAAUGUAUGGUGAAUAAAUUCAAGAAAACAUCUAUUCGUAAGCAACAGACAAAUAAUCAAACAGAAGUAGUUAAAAUAAUUGAAAAAGAUGUUAUGGAAGGUGUUACUGCAGAUGAUCACAUGAUGAAAGUAGAGACUGUUCACUGCAGUGCAUGCAGUGUGUAUAUCCCUGCUUUACACAGCUCAGUGCAGCAGCACUUAAAAUCUCCUGAUCAUAUCAAAGGGAAGCAGGCUUACAAGGAGCAAAUAAAAAGAGAAAGUGUCUUGACUGCUACAAGCAUUUUAAAUAAUCCAAUAGUGAAGGCACGAUACGAACGUUUUGUUAAGGGUGAGAAUCCUUUUGAAAUUCAAGAUCAUUCUCAAGAUCAACAAAUAGAAGGAGAUGAGGAAGAAGAAGAAAAGAUUGAUGAACCUAUUGAAGAAGAGGAGGAAGAGGAGGAAGAAGAGGAGGAAGUGGGAGAAGUAGAGGAAGUAGAAGAAGUGGAGGAAGCAGAGGAAGUGGGAGAAGGAGGAGGAGUAGAGGGAGUGGGAGACACACAGGAAGCAGGGGAAAUAGAGGGUGUGGGGGAGGGAGAGGCAGUGGGGGAGACAGAAGCAGUGGGGGAAGGAGAAGCAGUGGGGGAAGGAGAAGCAGUGGGGGAAGAAACAAAGGAAGAGCCUGUUGACUUCCCCGUUGACCAACCUGAAGAAAAUUAAAUAUAAGGUAUUAGUCAAAUCUAAAAGAAGCUUUAAAUUUCUCUCCUAAUAUGGAAAAGGGUAAGAAUUUUAAUAGUUUAAAAUAUGAGAAUUAACACCCAUGUUGCAUGCAUUCCACACAUUCAAAUUUGUUUUAUAUAAUUUCUAAAUGUUUGGCAUUUGUUUAAUAAGAUGAAGGUAAGACUAUUUUAGUUUAGUUUUUAUAGCUAUCAAACUUAGAUUAGAUAAAUUGUUUGUAUAAUUUUUAAGCUUAAUUUUUAUUACUUUAUUGGUGUUAAGGAUAACAGAUGUGUAUUGUUAGUAUAUCUACUCUAAUCAUUUGAACUUAAAUGCUGCUGUUGGGAGUAUAUAUUCAAGUGUGCAUUAAUGUUUUGAAUACUUACCCUAGAAGAGAUAAAUUGGGCAAGUAUUUUGUGCUCUGACUGUGUAUUUUUUUACGGCAUUGGACAUUGAAUAGUAAUUUGCGUUAAUAUACGCUUAAAGGCUUUUUGUGACCAUGUUUCCCUUUGUAGCAAUAAAACAAUUUUUACAAAAACA